GUCAUUGGCUGCCGGGUAAAUUUGAAAUGUAACCGAACUGCUCGUAGGAGGAAACGAACAAUUUGCUCCUCUGUUGGCUAACUUGGACGGGCAGGGGGAAUCAUUCGGAUUAAUUCCGCAACUUUUUUUUCGUGGAGCCGAAAUAUUCGGCAGCGGAGGACACUAAAAGAGACAUGGACACCGCGAUGGUAAACGUGCAGGGCUUGUUUGAUAAUCUGCGGGCGCACGUGGAGGUCCUGAGCGAAGGCGUCGAGCCUCAGUUUAUCCAAAUGGCGCUGAACUUUGAGGACUGCCGGCGGAAGUGGCUGAAGCUGGAGCAGGACCUGGGAUCUUGUAAGGAAGUUCUGGCCAAGGCGGAAACAGAGAGGGGGGCCUUGGAAGUCAAGCUCAAGCACGCUCGCAACCAGGUGGACGUGGAGAUCCGCCGGCGCCAGAGGGCAGAGGCUGACUGCGAGAAAUUGGACCGUCAGAUCCAGCUGAUCCGGGAGCUGCUGAUCUCGGAGAGCUCCAGCAACAGCAUCCAGCUCAACGAGGAGCAGCGGUCGGCGCUGGCCUUCCUCAACGCGCGCUCGCAGGCCUCGCAACUGAACACCAGCCGCAGGUUAACCACAAUAGACGAGUCUGCCUCCAGUCUGUCGGACAUCAGCUACGACCAGACCAACGAGUCUCUGGACUGGGACUCGUCUGCGGUGAAGAUGGUGCGGCUGAAGAAGAGGCAGAAAAGACGCUCCUCCCGAAAUCACACCGAGGGGCCCCUCUCUGUCGCCAAGAGGUCCCGUUCCACUGGCCGCCCGUCUGAUAAGCUGAACGAGUCCAUUGUGGCCAGAACCACUCUGACGGUGCCUGCAGAUGGUGGCUCCAUCGAGGCUGUCGCCACCAUAGAGACAGUGCCCUACUGGACCCGCAGCAGGAGGAAGACAUCAGUAGUUCAAGGCUGGGAGUCUGAUUCCACCUCAGCUGAGAACGUGCCAAAGCUGAUCAGCAAGCCGGAGAGGGUCCCUGUGUCCGAGCCCAGCACCCCGCAAGGCAACGGAGGGGUCCGCCUGCACGAGUUCAUCUCCAAAACGGUCAUCAAGCCGGAGUCGUGCGUGCCGUGCGGGAAGAGGAUCAAGUUCGGCAAGCUGUCCCUGAAAUGCCGCGACUGCCGCGUGGUCUCUCACCCGGAGUGCCGGGACCGCUGCCCCCUGCCCUGCAUACCCACGCUCGCCGGCACCCCCGUCAGGAUCGGAGAGGGCACCCUGGCAGACUAUGUCCCUGCCUCAUCUCCCAUGAUUCCCUCUCUGGUUGUUCACUGCGUCAAUGAGAUUGAGCACAGAGGGCUGCAUGAGGCCGGGCUGUACCGGGGCUACGCGGUGAGGGCUGAAGGAAGUUCUGCGGGGAAGACUGUCCCUCCUCGGGCAACGGUGGAAGCAUCCGCCAUCUGCGGCCUCCUGAAGGACUUCCUGCGGAACCUCAAAGAGCCGCUGCUCACCUUCCGCCUCAACCGCACCUUCAUGGAGGCCGCCGAAAUUCAGGAUGAUGACAACAGCAUCGCCAUGAUGUACCAGACCAUCAGCGACCUGCCCCAAGCCAACAGGGACACGCUGGCCUUCCUCGUCAUUCACCUGCAGAGGGUCGCUCAGAGCACAGACACCAAGAUGGACGUGUCAAACCUGGCUCGCGUGUUUGGCCCCACGCUGGUGGGUCACGCAGUGCCCGACCCGGACCCCCGGACCAUCCUGCAGGACACCAAGCGCCAGCCUAAGGUGAUUGAGCGUCUCUUGAGCCUGCCUGUGGAGUAUUGGAGCCAGUUCAUGAUGGUGGAUCCUGACCAGGCCCUCCCAGGUCACAUGAUCAUUGAGAACACCAACUGCUACGCCACCCCUGAACAUAAAGUGAGCAUGCUGGGGCCCCUGACCACCCCCGAGCACCAGAUGAACAAGACCCCGUCCUCCAGCUCGCUGUCCCAGCGCAUGAAGUCCACCUUCGGCCGGAACACUCCCAUAUUCGGAUGCAAGACCAAGUCUGCGACCAACUUGGGCCAGCAGUCCGGCUUUUUCUCUCCAAUCGUGUAGUGGCCCCGGUGCAUCCUGGGAAUCGGCUCUGUUUCCGUCUCUGUACGAGGCACAGGGCGGGGCUACAAAGCCUUGCAAUAUUUUUAUACCCAUUUUUAUUUUCUAACUAAUUUUACCAAGUAAUACUUCCAGAGGUUUUAGGUCUUCUUUACUAAAAUGCCUUGUAUCCUGUAACACGACUACAUUUUUAACGUCUUUUAAAUGUUCAAGUAACGUAUUUAUAAUCAAAGGGAGGAAUAAGCUAUGUAUGGCUCUUCCGUCAGUGUUUUUAUGCUUUGUUUCUGUCUUGCCAGAGCUCUGAUUUACCUCCAUAUACAAUAUUUAGAAGCUCUGCUUAUGAAACCAGAUUGUGGUUGAAACUGAUCCAGCGGUGCCCAAUCACGUGCCGUGGGGGGGCGAGGGCUUGCAGGGUUUCACUGCGCCAAUCGCUACGCCUGCUGAUUUAGCUAACACACCUUCAACCAGAGAAGAGGGAACUAAUUGGUGGAAUCAGCGGGCGAGAUGAUUGGCUGGAACGAACACCUGCAUACUGCCGGCCCUCCACCUCAUGAUUGGGCGCCGCUGGUUUAAUCCAAACCCACAUUGGCUGUGCGAAGCGCGUAGGCAUUUCCGCACCGAUUUGGGUUGCGUUUUACCUGUGUUUUUACUCUCACUAACUGGCAGGCUGAGGUGGUUAAUCUGUACCCCACAGCUGCGCAAUCAAGCGUAAAACGGUUCACUGUAUUUCUGUGAUUCAGAGACCAGCCAUGUGCACAGGGGGAUGGCAACACUGGCACAAUGUGUUUUGAAAAAUGAAGAAAAUACUGAAAUUUACCUUUAGGUAAAUGUAAAUAUAGCCACACGCCCCCUGUGCAGCUUUUAUGAACAAUUUUGUGAAUUGGUGAUCAUACUGAUUAAUUUAAAAAUAUUCAGAGUAGGAAAAAAGUAUCACUUUAUAUUUUAACCCAGUUGUGUUUUAUAUGUUGUGCCCCUCAUUAUAAUGGUAAAAGCUUAGGAACUGUCGCCUUGCAGGCACAGAACUUUGUAAUAUGGGCCUGUAAGAAUUUCGAAGCGGUUUCCAUAAGAGUAAAUUACAGUAAAUUAGGUCGGCAGGGAACAGUGGUUCUGAUCUGCCUUGGUUUAAACUGUACUUCAGACAAGUUUGCUACAUGUAUUUUCAGUUUUAUAUUGUAUUUAAUUUCCCCAAUCCAUUUCUGAUCACUAUUUGAGUAUGGUCAGCAUGUUCCUCUUCUUCAGUGGGAAAGUAUAGCCUUAUCGACUCCUAACAAACCUGUUUGAACUUUCUGGUACGUAUUCUUAAUAUUAGAACCUGUCUUCCGAGCUAGCAUACUUUUCUCAUGCAUCCGGUGUGCAAUAUAACAGGGUUACUUUCCAUGCAGCUAGUUUCCAAAGUACCGCAUCGCUACCCUUUGUCCAGGUGUUUAGUUGAACUCUGUCUGUACCAAGGGGUCGCGAUGAUGACCUUUUGCCACUAGAGGUCGAGGUUGGGGAGAGGGCGUGCAGUGCGUUUGCAUAUGAUGUUUGCCUAUUUGUAUUCUACGAAACGCUGGCUCUGGUUACACAAUGGGCAUUGUCUCCCUCGCGAAUCAAAGGUGGGUUUGCACUCCAGGUGGCCUUGAGCCAUUGUGUCCAGGGGCUAAGGUGUCAGGAAGCUAACUGCGCUCACUCCGCGAGCCCUUUAUUAGUGCUUUAUGGGACCUGGGCAAUGUGCAAUUGCGCUCUCCGAUCGAGAACCCAGCUGCUCUGUGCGUCGGCGCCUAACGUGAAAUGAUUGAGCAGCAGCCUGCUCUGCCCAGAGGACCCUGCUUGGGAACGGCGUGCUGGCGAAGGGAAAGGGUUGUGCUGGUCUUUGCUUCUGGACUGCACUCCUCGAAGCCGUGUGGGUUUACAUCCGAGUGCGUGAAUACAUGUUGUGUGCUUGGACACGCUGUCCUGUUUCUCUCCAAAUACAGUAAACAUUUGUAACAAUCAAA